AUGGCUCGGCCUCAUCCAGACAUAACCCUGGAAUAUCUUAUGAAGCUAAUCAAGGGGUUCGUUGAUAUUCUAAUCCUGGCUUCAGGUUACUGUUCAUCGGGCAUGGCCACAUCGUGGGACGAGGAAAAUAUCAAGAAAGCUAUCAGAUGGGGUAUCUUCUUCGAGAAAGUAAGAGCGCUGAUUAUCUUCUGUCUUUGAUCCUUUGAUCUUCUCUGUUUACGGACGUUGUCAGGACGUAUGUAGUUGAUUAAAUCGACGCGGCAUUUUUUCCCUUCUGAAUAUACGGAAUGGUCCAUACAACUCGCGCAGCAUUCAUCGGAAUCAUAUCCGGUUUCUGAUUGAUUAGUAUGCCACUUUUCCAGGUUGUCUGCGACGCCUGUUGAUCCCAAAUUCUAUUUUAUACGAUCGUUUCUAUCCAUAAAAUCCUUGCCAUCCAUAGGCCAAAGAAUUCUUCUUUCACGAGCUACGAUUUUUCCGCCUUCUUUGCGGACCAACGUGGAAGGACAACCGCUGUUCAGUAAUCAUUUCGUUGGAAAUAUCUGGGUUUUGAACCGAGUUUUAUGCUUGGCUGCAGCUUUGACUUUCUGUUACUAAUGUGUCUACCCUUAUGGAUCAGGUGUUCCGCUAUCUUAGUCAGUCGGACGACUAUGAAGUCUUGAUUAAAGAACUCGAUGCAUCACUACUUGAACUUACUUCUGAUUCUUAUUUCCCUCAGGUAAUGAAUUGACUUUGCACUAUGAAACAGAUGCUAGUACAGACAUAGCUUACUUGUCUAAAUAUUCCAGGGACUAAGACGUCUAUCUUCAGGAUCUCUUUCCAGAGCUAAAAGUCUUGUUUUAGAGUUUUUCUCUCAGACCCUCUCUCUAAGUGAGAGGCAUCUCCAUGUCCUUAUAAAUACUAUCACUGAAAUGGAUCUUGGCGUGGAAUCCGAGAAGGGAUUCGUGGAAAAUCCCGAUGUUUCAAAUUUUCUUGGAGCAAGUGUCAGAAAUCCUUGCUCCCCUACAAAGACACCAGGUAUGAAGACCGAGAGACAAAGGGCGUCUGGUUGCUCCGGAUUUGUCUUUCAAGAGUUCGCAGAGAGGCAUGCUUCUAUAUCAUGUUUAUCUUCAUGUGAGGCAAGUCUGGGUACACUGUUGGAGCUCGUUGUGGGAAAGAGCUUUGAUGGUCUUGAGUUAGAUUUUCUGCAAGAGCAAUCUUGCGAUGCUAUUUCUCUCAUGUUAGUGAACUAACCUCAACGCUUUUCUUCAUUUCAACAAGAAAUCUAGUGUAACUUUCCAGCGUUUAAGAUCUUGAAACUUCGAAUAUCUUCACUAUCUAAAUUUUAUGCAUUAUUUUGAAAAAUAUUACCUUAUAUCAUUGAUUUCCUUAAUCUUAUCGGUGACAGCCUUGUCAGUGGUUCCACAAAACCAUAUUCAAUUUCUUGUUCCCAUCUAGAAAUUGGUUAUUAUGGCCGGUUUAGCCAUCAGGUAAACUAGCCAUUGGCUGUUUUUUUUUAUUGUAACCCGUGGAAUGUUUAACAUAUCACAAAACAUGCCUUAUUUUUUAUCCCAGUAGAAAUGGCCGUGUGGACAUAUUUUCGUUAUAAUUUGAACCCUUUAAUUGAAAUAAAAAUGAAUAACUGAUAAUACUCUUUUGAAAUGUGGGAUUUGACCACUUAAGACUUUCAAGACCGAGAGCUGUCUUUCUUCAGAUUUGGCAGUAUAUGCGUGGUUUCUACCGGGAAAGGUUUGGGACGUUGUGCAGCUUUGCAAGGGAUGUACUCUUUUUCCAAUUUUUAUUGUUUGGUGGACUUGCCAUCAUCUUUUCUGUCCAAUUCUUUUAUUUGACUGCUCACAAAGUGUAAAUUUCAAAGUACAUGCAAACUAUUAUCUGUUUAUCAUUAUAUUUAACCAAAAGGAAUCUAAUGGCAUAUACUUAUGAAUUGGAUAUGCCUUCCUGUAAUCUCUCCCAUCGAGUAACGGAUAAUAUGUUCUGUGUAAGGUCGACAUUGCCUGUUGAUGAGCUUGUAGAAAUAACAAUCUUUGAUCCUUAUGGACCUGUGAAAUUUGCUACAAUUUUCUUGUACAACAGUUUCCUCUUCAUAGAAUGCUGAUUGAUUUAUGUUGAUUGUUCUAGGAGGUUUCCCCCUUUGUUCAUCCCAUUUACUGUGGGAUGUUGUUUGACUCUAGUUUAGUUGAACAGUUUUUUGAUUUCUACAUUAUGGUCAUUGGAUGCUUCAUUUUCAUGUUUUUUUAAUCACUCAAAUGGCAUUGUUUGUUCUCUCUAAUGAAACUUUUUUUUGCUUGGAAAACUUCAUGUAUUGGGGGGGGGGGAUGUGCUCUCAACGUUGUAUCUUUGCUAUUUAUACAUACUCACGGGUAUUGCUUCACGAGGCCUAAAUUAAGCUGAAGUCAUGUAUUUCUUCAACAGGGAUGGCGAAAACCUUCCUACAUUUCUUCUGUGGAACCGUUGGAGGAAAAAGAAUCUCGCUUACCUUCUAAACAAGAGGACAUUAAAGCUGCUCUCUGGUUCCAGCUUGAUUUUUGAUGCUCCUAAAGUUCAAUGGGCUCAGAUCCUCGAGUCAUUGAAAAGCUCCUCCGAAGCCUAUGAUGAUUGUUUGCUUGAAAUAGUGGUAAGUUUGACUGAGUUUCUGUUCUUUUUUUGCAUGUAGGAUAUAGUUUCUCCUGUAUAUAUAUGCUGUCUCGUAGUUGACUUAAUUAAUUUUUGAUUUUGAAUUAACUUUCUCACCAAACUUAUAUGUGGGCCUGUUAUUUUUAAUACUAAUUUUAUUCUUAUCCUCAUUCUAUAGACGGUCGCAUCUCAUGAAAAUAAGGCAUCAGUUAAGUUUAGUGCAGUGUAGAUGACUGUGGAGUUAGCAGCGCCUCCAUGUCAAUGCCAAAUUGUUCUGACGAUUUGAUAUGUCUGGGCCUUGCUUUGGUCUACUAAAAAAUCCCGGAUUUCGAGAACGAACCGCUAAUUUUUGCAUCAUCACUGUGUGUCACCACCAACUGAAAUGAAAAUGCUACAUCUCUGGGUGCAGAGUUUACGAGCUGUUCUUAUAUGGACCACUGAUAGGCAUAAACGUAAGCAGAAAUUUUUAAUCAGAGCUGGGCUGCACAGCAGGGGGAAUCUGAAAGCGUGAAAAACACAAUAUCUUGGUUCGGUUUGAUCCUGAGAAAUCGUACACUAAAUAUUAUGGGAUUCGAAGGCAGAUGCUUCCGAUAUAUAUAUAUAUAUAUAUUUUUAAAAAAAGAAACUUGAAAGGCAUAUUUGCAGGUCUUCCUUCAUGUAAGUUAUGAUAGGGUUUUUUUCCACUUGAGAUGAGCUUGAAUAUAAUUAUGAACCAAAUAAACAUGCCCAUAAAUAUCUAUUAUCUAGGAUCCCUCUCUCUGUUGUGGAUGGGUCCUGGAUGCUGGCAGAUUUUUAGUUGUCUGUAGUGGUGAUCCUGAUAGUGCCCUAUUAUUAUUUCUAGCUGUGCCCUCCAAGUUCCUUGUCAUUUCUUGUGAUGGUAGAUUUUCAUUGUGUUUACUUAGAAUGCUUGUUGUCGUUGUUGUCGUUGUUUACUUACAAUGCGUGGUUCCCCAGGAGCUGUCUCUACUGGGCCUCGUUUCUAGUCAGUGGACGCGGCUGAUUGAUCAUAUUAUGUCGUUCUCCUUCCAUUUCCUCUCCGUCCGAGAGCAGUAUGUUAGUGUGCUGACUUUUCUUCAAGAAUAUCCCCGGGAUGGACAUUCUGCAGGGAAGAUGAUGAGCUCCAAGGUACAGAACUAGACGCUGCUACUCUGUUCGAUUUAUCAGGCUGCCAAGUUCUUCGUCUUCCUUGGAACAUUUGCACCACCCUUUAUCUCAGUAAUUUAUUUCUGUUGGGGGAGUUUAUGGAUUCUUCUAAUAAAACUGACCCAUUACUUAAUCGGAAUGGAAUCAGCGUCAAUCUCCCAGAAUGUGAUCCAUAACGCGAUAUGAAUGGAGAAUUUGAUCGAUAUAUAUGCUCUUAGCUUCAUCCUUUUUGUUUUCAUUCUUGGUUAUACAGAGAGAUCAAAAGGAUGGCGGAGUACUUAGGACCCACAUCCCCUGUUUCUUGUUUUUUUUUUUUUUUUUUUUUUUGGGUUCCCUGUUUUUGAGGGACAGUGAAGGCUAUGAACUGCUGAAGCUCUCUCCUGCUCAGGAAGACGACAUUCUUGAGUUCUGCACGGCAUUGCUGGCUACCAAACCUGAAAAACUCUGGGAGCUACCCCCAGUCCUUGUGGCCGCCGCUCUCCCGUCAUGGUCUGUGCAAUCAUCCCAUUUGCUUUCUCUCUCUUGGUUUGGAAGUGACGGCUGGGAUGAUCGCAGGUCCAGCUUGCUCAAGUCGCAUGUGAGAGAGAUUACGAGGGAGCUCAAGAGGGAGACGGGCUCGCCCAGGUGAAUAUCUUUUUUAAAAAAUAAAAACUUUGCUCGAAAUCCUCGCGGUAUGGUCCUGGCCUUUAAUGAUGUGAAUUUAUUUUACUUUAUUUUAUUUUAUUUUUCUUCUCAGGUGCGCCUGCAGCAGGGACGCCGAGCAGCAGCAGAAGCACGUAGACUGUAAGUGCCCAGAGAAGGAAAAAAACGGUACCUUUAGGUUAGUGUGGUUUCCCAUGGUAUGACGUGUCUUUCCGUCCCCCUGCCACAGGUGAGCUGGCCCAGAGGAUCUGCUGCCUGUACGUCUUCGUUGACAAGUGA